UUUAUGUUUUUGCACAACAUCACUUAUCAUGCUGUUUCUCGUACGACAUCGCGAAAUAUUUCAAGAGAUUUGCUGAUGUCGUCAAAUGUGUGUAUGACGGAUGAUUUUUAUUUUAUUUUGCAACGGAAACGUUUGCUAGUGUAUUAUAACUCUUGCAUUUUAGGAUUCAUGUGAGUCACCCCCUUUGUCUACCUCUUUUGUGCAACUACUUGAAAGAAAGUUGUGAUGUGCCUCUUCUCCCACCCUCACACACCAUCUUCCCUUCCCUCGCGUCUUUUUUUAUAAGCUCCCCUGCCUUCCAUACGUCUCUGCCAUCCGGCCCUGCCCUGUCCACUCCACCAAACCACCGGAUCACCCGAGCCAUGGUCGGCCCCUCACCGUCGCCGUCCGGCAGCAGCCGCCGUCUGUCGGAGCUCCUGGAGGAACAGCAAGAGCCCUUCUCCCUUCACCUCUACCUCCUCGAGAAGGGCUGCUCCCCCACCACCCUGGACCCGGCCGGAGGCUGCGGCGUUGCGUCCUUACCUUGCUGGCCGAGGAGCAGAGGCACCUCCCCGGCGCCGAGGCGGGUGACGGUCAGCAAGAGAACGCCCGCCAGCGGCCUCCUCUCCAAGUUCCUCCACGGCACGGCGGCGCCUGCAUCCACGAAAAGAAAGAAGAAACUGCGGUCGGCCGCCAUUGGCCCGUGCUCCGUCGAAGGCGAGAAGACGGCGAGCAAAAGAAAGAACGCCGUCGAGGCACGCAGGGCUGAAGCAAAGGACGACGAGGGAGAAAGCUACGACGACGACGACGACGACUCGUCAAAGCAGCUGAGCCCUGUGUCCGUCUUGGAGCGCCGGCCAUUCGAGAAGCCGCCGCGGGCGUACGCCGAGAAGGCCAUCGUCGUCUUGAGGGAGCUCCUGGACGCGGCACGCAAGCCCGCGUUGCUCCAGCGGAAAGUUGCCAUAGAAAGCAGCAAGUCCGGCGAUGUCCUCAUGGAGACUUCAACAACGACGACGACGACGCCGGCGCCGCCCCCCGCACCGGCGCCCGCGAGGACCGACCGUGCUACCAGCGUAGCACAUUUGAACCAGAUGUUUGAGGCCAAGGAGCACGACCUCGUACCGUUGGACAUGCCCGGCGAGAGGGGGGAUGCUGGGCUGGGGCGGUGGGACGUCGGUGCCGAGCUAGCGGUUGCUGUGCUCGAAGAGCUGACGGAGGAGGUGGUGGUGGAGCUGAUGGGGAUGGUCCACCAUGAAGAUGCCAAUACCAUCGACGUGAAGCAGUGUUGGUUGCUACCGAACUGCUGAUGUUGUGGAUAUAUUGUCCAUUAUAUGCCUUGAUGUUGGUGUUCUGAUUAUGAUGUUUAACACUAUAGUAUUGUACUUGCUAAUAUUACUGUAAAUAAAGAUUCGCUAACUGGUUUUUAAUAGAGUCAACUGUG